UACAACCUUCUCAGGGAGCUCAGUGUUCACAGAUACAGCUAUUCCUCCUGACACCUCACUCACUACAGCCCAGACUGGGACACACACAACCUCCCAGAGAAGCAUGAUUUCAACAACAGCAACUCAAACAACUGAGCCAUCUCAAACAACAACCUUCACUCAGGAUUCGACAAACUUGCCAAGCAGUUCAGUUUCCACAGAAACCACUGUACCUCCUGAUGUCACCCACACCUCAGCCCUGACUGAGGCAUCUACAACAUCCCUAAGAAGUCCAACAUUGACACAGUCAACUGAAGCUUUUGAGACCUCUCAGACAACAGUGUUCACUCAGGAAUCUACAACAUCCCCAAGCAAACUGAUUUCAACCCAUGCAAGUCAGGCAACAGACUCUAUGGAAACUGUAUCUACUCAGAGGUCUACAACCUUCCCCAGCAGCUCAGUUUCCAUAGAAACAGCUGUGCCUGUUGAGAGUUCCCCCAGUACUGUCCACCCUGAGGCAUCUACAACCUCCCUGAGCAGUUCAAUUUCAUCACAUGCAACUCAACCCACUGAAACCUCCAAAACAGAGUUCACUCAGGAAUCUACAACCUCUCCAAGCAGCUUAAUUUCAUCAGGAACUUCUGUACCUCCUGAUGUCACCCACACGUCAGCCCUGACUGAGGCAUCUACCACAUCCCUAAGCAUCCCAACAUCGACACAAGCAACUCAAGGCCCUCAGAACUCUGAAACAACAGCCUUCACUCAGGAAUCUACAACCUUUCAAAGCAGCUCAGAUUCUACAGAAACAGCUGUGCCUCCUGUCACCUUACCCACUACAGGACAGACUGAGGCCUACACAACCACCUUGAACAGCUUGAUUUCUACACAAGCAACUGAGACUUCCCAAAAGACAGCUUUCACUCAGGAAUCUUCAACUUUACUAAGCACCUCAAUGUCAACAGAGAGUGCUGCACCUCCUGAGAGUUCCCCCAGCACAGUCCAAACUGAGGCUUCUACAACCUCCCCAAGCAGCUCAAUUGCAACACAUGGAUCUCAACCAACAGAAACCUCCAAAACAGAGUUCACGCAGGAAUCUACAACCUCGCCAAGGAGCUCAAUUUCCUCAGAAACCUCUGUACCUCCUGAUGUCACCCACACUUCAUCCCUGACUGAGGCAUCUACAAUAUCCCAAGCAACUCAGGCCCCUGACACCUCUCAAGCAACAGUCUUCACUCAGGAAUCCACAACCUUUCCAAGCAGCUCUAUUUCCCCAGAAACUGCUGUCUCUCCUGUGGUCACCCACAUCACACCCCAAUCUGAGGCCUCUACAACUACCCCAGGCAGCCGGAUUUCCACACAAGAUACUCAAGCCCUGACUGAGGCAUCUACAACAUCCCUAAGAAGUCCAACAUUGACACAGUCAACUGAAGCUUUUGAGACCUCUCAGACAACAGUGUUCACUCAGGAAUCUACAACAUCCCCAAGCAAACUGAUUUCAACCCAUGCAAGUCAGGCAACAGACUCUAUGGAAACUGUAUCUACUCAGAGGUCUACAACCUUCCCCAGCAGCUCAGUUUCCAUAGAAACAGCUGUGCCUGUUGAGAGUUCCCCCAGUACUGUCCACCCUGAGGCAUCUACAACCUCCCUGAGCAGUUCAAUUUCAUCACAUGCAACUCAACCCACUGAAACCUCCAAAACAGAGUUCACUCAGGAAUCUACAACCUCUCCAAGCAGCUUAAUUUCAUCAGGAACUUCUGUACCUCCUGAUGUCACCCACACGUCAGCCCUGACUGAGGCAUCUACCACAUCCCUAAGCAUCCCAACAUCGACACAAGCAACUCAAGGCCCUCAGAACUCUGAAACAACAGCCUUCACUCAGGAAUCUACAACCUUUCAAAGCAGCUCAGAUUCUACAGAAACAGCUGUGCCUCCUGUCACCUUACCCACUACAGGACAGACUGAGGCCUACACAACCACCUUGAACAGCUUGAUUUCUACACAAGCAACUGAGACUUCCCAAAAGACAGCUUUCACUCAGGAAUCUUCAACUUUACUAAGCACCUCAAUGUCAACAGAGAGUGCUGCACCUCCUGAGAGUUCCCCCAGAAUCUACAACCUCCACAACCAGCACAAUUUCCACAGAAACGGCUGUAACUCCUGA